AUGCCCAGCGCAACCGCCUCGGGCGCCGACACUGGUGGCUCCGCGCGCGCGCGCGACCACGACCACAAACAGGGGAACCAGGGCCGCACAUAUACCGCCGAGCAGGAGAAGGCCGUCAUCCGCAUCCGCCGGUGUGCGCCGACUGCCUUUUACGACAUUCUCGCUCUUGAGAGUGUCAAGACGACAUGCACAGAGUCCGACAUCAAAAAGGCCUAUCGCAAACAAAGUCUGCUCACACACCCGGAUAAGAAUGGCCACGACAAAGCCGACGAGGCCUUCAAAAUGGUUAGCCGCGCCUUUGGCGUCCUGGGCGACAAGGAGAAGAGGGAGCAGUUUGAUCGGACUGGUGGGGAUCCGGACAGUCGGUUCGGACAGGCGCAGGCACAGAACCCCUUUUCGGGCUUUGCGUCGAGAGCAGGCGGCGGCGGGCGACCGCCGGGCUUUGGUGCACGAGGCGGCGGCAUGUUUGACGAGGAUGUCAGUCCCGAGGAGAUGUUUGCGCGCUUCUUUGGUGGAGGUGGUGGCUUUGGCGGAGGCGGCUUUGGUGGCCCCGAGUUCGUCUUCAACUUUGGCGGCGGCCCCGGCAUCCGCGUGCACCAAUUCGGCGGCGGCCGCCCGCGCGGACGCCCUCGCGCAGGCCAACCGCAGGGCCAGCAGCAGGAGCAGAACCCGCUCUCGAACCUCAUCAGCCUCCUGCCCAUCCUCCUCUUCUUCGUGCUGCCCAUGAUCACGUCCCUGUUCAGCUUUGGCGACAGCACGCCCGCGACGCCGCGCAUGGUCUUUGACAACCCUAUCCACCCCUUUACCCACGCCCGCGCGACGCCCAACUACAAGGUCCCGUACUUUGUCAACCCCGCCGACAUUAGCAAACACACGGACGCCCAGCUCGACCGCCUCGAUCAGACGGCCGAGGUGAGCCUCGUGCGGCAGCUGCGGUCGCAGUGCGAGAAUGAGAUUGCCUACAAGCGACGGCUGAGGGAGAACGCCAUGGGUUUCUUCUUCCAGGAUGAUGAGAAGAUGGCGCACGCGAAUGCGGUCAAGAUGCCGAGUUGUGAUCGGCUGGGGACGAUGGGUAUUCGGAGGUGA